AUGGGCAUGGGUGAACGAAUGGGCUGUCGACACGGAUGUCUUAGACACAGACGACAAGGGCUGGUGCUACGGGACAGAUUGGGACCAUUUAAACCAGGACAAGGCCACUCAGACCGUAAACGCGUCUGGCGAGAAGGUGCCGCUCGAAGUGGUGCGCACGCGCAAGUGGAGUCGCCGACGCAGAAUCAUCACAGACAAGUUGUUUUCAACG